CACACUCUCAACUUGGUAAACUACGAUUAUCAUCACAACACAAUGUCCUGGUAAGUGUUCAAGAAAGCCGCCACCAGGGCGAGCACUACCCUGAUGCAGAAAACGGGCCAAAUUGAGCGGACCAAUGAUAGCGAAUUUGCAGAAGAGGAAAGACGGUUCAAACAGAUGGAGAAAGAAACCAAUAAUCUACAGAAGGAAGCCAAAACCUAUUUGGACGCAAUGCGAGCUAUGGCUGGAUCACAGACUCGUAUAGCCGAAACGGUUGCCUUAUUCUACACCGCCGACAGGACCAGCGACGGAGCUAUGGCGGGGCAUGCUUACAAGUCUGCAGUGGACGAACUUGAUGCUGGUGUCGGUCGAGAACUCGACGCCCCAUUCAGAGCAACCGUGCUUGAGCCAGUGGGCAAGCUCAAUUCAUAUUACACAGCUAUCAAUGCAGCGAUUGUCAAGCGUAAUCAUAAGAUGACAGACUAUGAUGCGGCCAGAUCGAAAAUGAAAAAGAUGAUAGAAAAGCCUUCAGACGAUCCUACCAAAUUACCAAAGGUCCAGGCGGAGCAUGACGAAGCUCGUGACAUCUUCAACCUCCUCAACGAUCAAUUGAUAUCUGAGCUUCCCAUGUUGCUCGAUCUACGGAUACCUUAUCUCGAUCCUUCCUUCGAAGCCAUGGUCCGCUGUCAACUUCGAUUCGCCCAAGAGGGAUAUGAUAAAUUAGCAGGCGUGCAGAGAUAUUUCAGCGAGAAUAUUCGGGACGAUUAUGCGAAUGGCGCGUUGGAUGGACAGGUGGAGGCCGUACUAGAAGAAAUGAAGGAGCUUUCCAUUUAUGGUCCGUAGAUCGGCGGCCUUGGGAAGGGGCCCGUGCGAUGGGUUGUUGUAGAUCUCGUAUGGAUGUGUAUUGAUCUAU